AUCCGUCAAGUCGCUGUCGGUUCUAGUCAGUUUGUUGGUUUCGUGGUGGUAGAAGGUGUCGUUGUGCCUUGUGCAGUGUUUUUGUGAUAUUUGUCUUAAGUGAUAGCGGUGUCAACAGGUGCAAUAUGACGGGCAGAUUAGCCGGACAGACUAUAAACGACAGGCUGUUGGCCGCUAGGCACAGCCUGGCCGGUCAGGGAUUAGCCAAAUCGGUCUGCAAAGCCACCACGGAAGAGAUGAUUGGCCCGAAAAAGAAACAUUUAGAUUAUUUGGUCCACUGUACGAAUGAGCCCAACGUGUCGAUCCCGCAACUGGCAAAUUUGCUGAUAGAAAGGUCCCAGAACACGAACUGGGUCGUGGUGUACAAGGCUCUCGUCACAGUCCACCACAUGAUGUGCUAUGGAAAUGAAAGAUUCACCCAGUUCCUGGCAUCCAGCAAUAGCACGUUCCAGCUGAGCAAUUUCCUGGAUAAGAGUGGAGUUCAAGGGAUCCUAAGUGUUAGGGCUGGAUACGAUAUGUCCCCGUUCAUCAGAAGAUACGCCAGAUACUUGAACGAAAAGGCUCUGUCUUACAGAACCGUUGCCUUCGAUUUUUGUAAAGUCAAAAGAGGGAAGGAAGAUGGCAUGCUGCGUACGAUGAACUCCGACAAGCUACUCAAAACCCUCCCCGUUCUCCAAAACCAACUGGACGCCCUCCUAGAAUUCGACUGCUCAGCCAACGAUCUCACCAACGGCGUCAUCAACAUGUCCUUCAUGUUACUGUUUAGGGAUCUAAUCAGGCUUUUCGCCUGCUACAAUGAUGGUAUAAUUAAUUUGUUAGAGAAAUUUUUUGAUAUGAACAAGAAGCAAUGCAAAGAAGCCUUAGAUAUUUAUAAGAAGUUUCUGAUAAGGAUGGAUAAGGUGGCGGAGUUCUUGAAAGUAGCGGAGAAUGUCGGAAUCGACAAGGGCGACAUACCGGAUCUCACGAAGGCCCCCAGUAGCCUCCUCGACGCGUUAGAACAGCACCUGAACUACGUAGAAGGGAAAAAAUCGUCCAGCGGUGGUUCCACACAAGCACAAAGCAACAACAACCAAAAGAACGUCAAGUCGGCUGUAACGGCUCUGUCGACUACCAGUAACGCUUUCGGAAAUGUCGUGGCGAACGGUCGCUUCGAUGCGCCGCCCAACGGGAUCGACGAGAACCUCAAGUUGCAGAUCCUGGCCGAAGAGGAAGCCGCGAUUAAUCGGUUCAAGGCGAAGUUAUCUCCGUCCACGGCGAACAACCCGUUCCUGAGCAACUCCUCUUCCUCCACCACGGUAUCCUCGCAGGCCACUUCUACCCCUGCGGUGGAUCUCUUCGCAAUCGAGGUCGAACCACCGCAACCGAAGGCGUCCGACGACCUCCUGCAACUGUCGAACCCCUUCUCGGACGCCUUCUCGCAGCCCCAGCCCGCGGCGGCCAACCAUUCGCCCUUCUUACCCCCGCAACAGAAUAACAUCUGGAUGGCGAAUGGAAAUGGUUAUGGAGCUGUCAGUCCUGUGACAAACCCUGUGAUAUCCAACGGAUCUUUCGUGUCCGAGAAUAAUUUCGCUUCUGUAUUCGGGAAUAGCGACGCUAAAGGGAGUAACUUCGACGCGCUGGGGGGAGUCCUGCAGCCGAUGAACGCCAGCGGGCCAGCCAGCAAUAACUCGACGUAUCCCAGCGAUAACAAUGCCAACAACAACAAUAACCAGCCGCCCUCCAACAACGGUCUCCUGACCGGAGACCUGGAAUCCAGCCUGGCCUCGCUCGCCGAAAACCUCACGAUAAACAACAGGGCAGUGCCGGUGAAGGGCGUACAGUGGAACUCGCCUAAGAACGGUUCGAAACAGGGAAGCAACUGGAGCCCACAGCCGAUAUCCGCUACGACGGGCGCCGGGUACAAGCCAAUGAACCAGUCGAUGAGUAGUUCGCCGUUUAGUAGUAUGACGACGGCCCCCGUGCAGCCCCAGAUGUACACCCAGCCAAUGUUGGGUAUGCGUCCCAUGGCGGUGAAUCCCAUGAUGAUGGCUCCGAUGCAGGGCGUUGGAGCCGUGAAUCCGCCGCCCAACCAGAUGGGGCAGUCCCUGUUGUUCCACUGAUAACUCUAGUAUUUGUAUGAAUGUAGGUACGCCAUCCCAUAAGUGUAUAUAAUACAAUUUUUUUUUCAAGUGUAACAAUCAAGGGUACAAUAAUAGUUUAUAGUUAUCCAGUUCUGUACAUAUCCACUUCUUUUAAGUAAAGCGAUUGCAAGUUUCGUACGUUCCGUGUAGCCGUUUGAUCUUUUUUGGACUGCGUCGGUGCGUGUGUGAAGUCGUAAUAGUUGAAUGGAAGAGUAGAUUGUGAAAUUUUACAUUUACCGUUUCCAUUGGAAGUACUACGACUCCACGCGUGUAAUCCGUUUUAUACAUAAGUUGUUAGUUGAAUCGAUAUAUCUUUUUUAGGCUAAUAGUAAAGAAAGUUGUCAGGAUUUGAAAGUGUCAGAGCCAUUUAUCGAUGUUAUUACAUAUUUUAGAUAUAAUCGUAGAUCUUCAUACUUUUAACACGAUCCAAAACCCGUUUAUUGUUGCAGGAUGUCACUGAAUUCUCUCUAACUUAUCAAUGAAUGUAAUAAAGUGAUUUUAGCUGUUUUGGAGAGCAGUGGUGAAUUAUGUGAUACACAGUUUUUGUUAGCGCGAUGAACUUCGUUACAGAUCAGAAGCGGGAUGUAACUUUCUGAGUCGUGUUAAUAGAAAAAUUGGGGUUUUUGCCCUGAACAUAUCAGUUCUAAAUUAUGUAUUAGAUAAUGUCUGUAUUUCUGGUCGAAGUUCAUUGCAAUUCUGUUAUCUAGGGCAACCCGAGAGUAAAUCAUUGAACUGAGCGUAGUUAGGAAAUCUAGAACGUAUUUAUUGGCAACGCCCAACGCGAGACAAUAAAGAAAAUGUUGGAAGCGGUCCAUUUUUAAAUAUAAAUUACUUUUAUGGAUAUUACUGUUAUGCCGCGCCAUCCGAGAGUGGUAGUUGCGAGUUAGGAAUAAAUCAAUGUAUUAUAUAUUUUUUAAAAUGUUUCUUUUCUAUUGCCAUAACGCGAGACGUUUAAAAACGAGGCGAUCGAAACGUCGGGUCAAAUGUGUUGACGUGCUAAUUUGCAACGUUUCGUUCGUCCGGCUCUCGCAAGAAAGUGUCGGCACAAAUUUUGUAUAGCACUUGUAGUACACACGUUUUAAGUGCACGAGCCACCAUUUUGUGUAGGUACUCUUCAUUAUUAUUUACUUAUGUAUUAAAUUAGUGCAUUUUAUUCAACCAGCUUCUGCAAUAGAGGAUUUUGUUAAACUUAAGUGUAUUACAAUAAAAAUUUAUUACGAAA